AUGUCUUCGGUGCAACCUGAUAUCUCAAAGAUAUUCGUCAACUAUUUGCGGAAUUCUCGGCAGCUGAGUUGCCCCAUCUGUCAGGUGGACGUCAAACCGCCUACACUCGAUGGGUUCAAGCAACAUGUUCAGAGCAGCGCCGAGAAGCAUCCCACGGAGGAAAAGGCCAUUCUAGACGCCUUCCAGCGGAUGAAGCUCAGCUCAUCCAAACCUCCACCCCAGCCUACAUCUGCCACAGAACAAGAUCAGAAUAGAAGGUCAAAGAAAAGAUCCGCUAUUGAUCAGCAAGACGACCAGCAGAAUCCAGAGCGUAGUCCUUUAGAUGCCAAGGAGAGUUCGGAUAAUGAAGGUCGCAAUAAGAAGAUUUGCUCUCCUAGCAGCUCCCCCCCGCCAUCUACGCCUAAUAGGCGAGGCCGUGGCAGACAGCAGGCCGACAACAUCAAAGAGUUUGAUCGCGGGACCAAAGGUUCAAGUACUCGCCAACUUUGGAGCCCAGGCAGCGGUGGUCUGCCGAGAUCCUCUCAGUUCAAGGCACAGCCCCCAGGCAAUCGAUCCAGGCUGAUAUCUCGAGCCAAGAUAGCACAGCAUGAUGUGGAAGAGCCUGAUCCAGAGCCUGGCCCAGAAGUUGAGGCUGAGGCAGAUGAUUAUACCGAGGAUCCUUCUGUAUCCCAGCUAAUCCGACAGCCUGAAACUAGGCCAAUAUCUCAAGAACAACUUGUUGCUGAGGUCAAAGGGAUAUACGCUGGAUUAGUCAUGGUCGAAAGCAAGUGUAUUGAGGUUGACAAUGCUCAAUCAGCCAACAAAGACUCACCGCAGCAGCUUAACAACGAGCAGUGGCAGGCACUUAUUGCUCUGCAUCGUACACUGCUUCAUGAGCAUCAUGAUUUUUUCCUGGCAAGUCAACAUCCGUCUGCCAGCCCGGCACUUCGACGGCUGGCCUCUAAGUAUGCCAUGCCAGCGAGAAUGUGGAGGCAUGGUAUACAUUCGUUCCUUGAACUCUUAAGACACAGAUUGCCCCUGUCUCUUGAGCACAUGCUCACUUUUAUAUAUAUUGCGUACAGUAUGAUGGCUCUUCUCUACGAGACUGUACCUGCAUUUGAAGAUACCUGGAUCGAGUGUCUCGGAGAUUUGGGCAGAUACCGUAUGGCUAUUGAAGACGACGAUAUUCGAGACCGAGAAACUUGGACAGCAGUUUCUCGAUACUGGUAUUCAAAGGCAUCGGAUAAGCUGCCGACCACUGGUCGACUAUACCAUCACCUAGCUAUUCUAGCGCGUCCCAACGCGCUGCAGCAAACAUAUUACUAUACAAAGUCUCUUUGUGUCCCUAUCCCAUUCUUAAGUGCCAGGGAGAGCGUCAUGACACUAUUUGAUCCAGUGCUGAGCUCGGGACCUCCUCGACUAGAGGCGAUUGACCUCGCCUUUGUCCGCAUACUCGCUAUUUUCUUUUCUGGCAAGGAAAAGGAUCUGCUAGGGUUUUCCGCCAGGCAGUUCCUGAGUCUUUUGGAUGGACACAUUGCUCGAAUAACAAAAAGUUGGCUAGAAGCUGGAUACUAUAUGGGCAUAUCGAUUACCUGUUCCUUACUUGGCUUCGGCGAAGACUCCAAUGUCCUGAAGCACGCUAUUAUGCCUAAGCGAUCUGAUGACAUAGACAUUGCUGGUGAAACCACCUCUCCGGAGCCCGUUCCCACAAACACUUUUUACCAAUCUCUCUCAUUAGCUGUGCAAACGCUCGAGAUAGUAAUUCAGCGGUGGGGAGACAUGAAUAUAUUACCCUUCCUCCAUACACAAAUGGUAUUUAUACACCACUUGUCUAAAUUUCCCUCGGCAAUGAAAUUUGUCGAAAAUAAAUAUCCCUGGAAGUUGAUAGCAACUAUGCUCAACUAUCUCAAGCAGUCUUGCAAAUUUGAGCCUCGCAUGGACAGUGCAGUAUUCCCUGGGGCAGAGAAUCAAGAUCAUUACCGACCACUACCAGAGGACUAUGCUAUGCGCGGCCUUAUUUAUACUGAAGAGUAUUUUCCACUUAAGUGGUUUUCUGGCGAGGUCGUUGAAGAAGACGAAAAAUAUUUUGAACAGGCGUCCAUGAUGGACGCCCGAAAGGAGAGAAUACUAUGGAUUGGCCGACAAAUAGCUUCCGUCGGCAAGUGGCUACUCUGGGAUGAAAACGCCAGAUUCACUGUACCAGACGAGUAUGAUAUUGAGUUUACAGCUAAAACACCCGAAGUUGGUGCCCGGGAAAUAACUGCAUAG